ACUGCUUCUUCUUCUUUCUCAACGUGUUGCCUCCUCGCCACCGAAUACUCCUCCCGCGCCGCUGCACGGACCCACGGACCGCCGCCAUCCUUCACGGCCCUUCCGAGAGAACCGUCCGCUGUAUGAUUCUCCCUGUUGCUUAUCGGCACAUCAACAAACAGAUCAUUGAGCGGAUUUUAUCAGGAAACCAAUGGCAAGUUCUUUGGGUAACAGAGUUGGAUCUGUUCGAAACUCUCCUUUACUAAGGUUUCCGCUCAACUUCAUGAGAGCCUUGAGCACUUCAUCUUCUACUUCUUCUAGUUCCUCUUCUAUUUCUUCUGCUCAGAGCCCAAAGAAAUCGAAGCGAAGAAAGAAAAAGAACUUGUUCGAGGUUGCUCAGUUCUUACCUAACUGGGGAAUUGGCUGCCACAUGGCCAAGAGUCACUGGAACGAAGUUUCUUACGAGAUCACUAAACUCAAUCUGUACAAGGACGGAAGGCAUGGAAAAGCAUGGGGCAUUGCUCAUAAAAAUGGCUUGCCAAUAGCAGAUGCUCCAAAAAAAAUUAGUGGAGUUCACAAACGAUGUUGGAAGUACCUAUCUGAUGUAGUAAAAACAUCAGACAGCUCAAUGGACUUAACAAAUCCCACAGACAGUGGCUUAAAAUUUGAAACUGAAGCAAGUUGAUACUUUCUAGUGACUUUGUUCAAAUCAUCAACAUUAACUCAUCUCUUUUUCAAUUGGUCUAGUUGUUUUCGACCACUGUAGAUUUUCUAGCCAAUCUUGCAAUAUUCCUCACUCAUUCUGCAAGGUGCUUAAUUAAGUUUCUUUUAUAUUCAUUAAAUGAACUCACUAAUAUGAAACGUUCUGAGGGAGUAAUCUGGCUGCAUUUGGUUCUUA